AUGACCCUGCAAAGAUAAUAGCAGAGAAGACCCUACAAGAAAUUUAACAAUGCCUUUGCCUUUACUCCACUUGACAAAAUGCUGUUCUUUCUCUUCUUCUUCUUCUUCACUGAGAUUCAAGUUGUUUCUCUGUCUGCAACUUCUUUUGCAUCUCCCAGCUGCUAAUGCUGCUAUAAAGAUUCCUCCCAGUUACUCGGUCCCAGCGGUUUUCGUCUUCGGUGAUUCAAUUGUGGAUACGGGCAACAACAACAAUCUCAUCACGCAGGCCAAGUGCAACUAUCCACCCUAUGGCAAGGAUUUCCCCGGCGGACAGGCAACCGGCCGCUUUUCCAAUGGCAGGGUUCCCUCCGACCUCGUAGCCGAUGUGCUGGGUAUCAAAGAGCUGUUGCCACCGUAUGCAAACUCGAAUCUUCAGCCAGAAGACCUCAUCACUGGUGUUUGCUUCGCUUCUGGUGGAGCGGGAUUCGAUCCUUUAACCUCCCAAACAGCGCCAGCAAUUUCACUUGCGGACCAAUUAGCGAUGUUCAGAGAAUACUCAAAGAAGCUACAAGGAUUGGUGGGAGAAGAGAGAGCAAAUUUCAUAAUAGCCAAUAGCUUCUACUUGGUGGUGGCAGGAAGCAACGACAUCGCCAACACUUAUUUUCUUUCUCGAAUAAGACAAUUCCAUUACAAUAUCAAUUCUUACACUGAUUUCAUGGCCCAAUCAGCUUCUUCUUUCGUUAAGGAUUUGUAUGCAGCGGGUGCGCGGAGAAUCGGGUUGUUCGGGGUUCCGUCGCUCGGAUGCGUACCGUCGCAGAGAACGUUGGCCGGCGGGAUCGAAAGAGCUUGUGUGAGUGAGUACAACAGUGCUGCAGAGCUGUUCAAUGGGAAGUUGCAUUCAACUUUGGAUCAGCUCCAAACUAUACUGCCCCAAAGCAGAGUGGUUUAUGUGGAUAUUUACAAUCCUCUCCUUGAUAUCAUUCAAAACCCUGCAAAAUAUGGGUUUGAAGUCUCAGACAGAGGUUGUUGUGGAAGUGGAAAGAUUGAGGUGACAUUUCUUUGUAAUAAAUUUGUGAAGACUUGCCCCGAUACAACCAAAUAUGUCUUUUGGGACAGUUUCCAUCCCACAGAAGCUGCAUACAAUUCCCUCGUUGCCCCAAUCAUUCAAAAAUAUCUUUCUCGUUUUCUAUAGUUUAAUUCACCAAGUUUUACUUCGUUUUUCGACAACUUGUUACGUUUCGUGAUCAUUUAUAUAAACCGUUAAACACAUUCAUUCGGUUCGGCUCGAUUUUGAUCCAAAUCAAAGUCGAAUUUGUACGUGCGGUUUACAUAUCUUUCACUCAAUAUAUGAUGUGUUAUCAUUUGUUUACACA